CUUUCCCCCUUCACUGUCAUUUCCGGACGCGGCGAAACAGAAGGAAAAAAAAUAUUGCACAGCCAAUGGAAUGGAUUAAUAAAUGACAGUAGCUAGCUAGCAACUCGAAAGUAAUAAUUUCAACCACAAAACAUAUGUGAUUGUGGUUUUUUAAGUCUCGCUAUAUAUUUGCAUCACUCCAUAAAUGACGGUCCUAUCUGAGGAGAUGGUGUUUCCAGGUCUGAAUAGCUAAACUAGUUAGCUGGCUACCCAAUGCUAGCUAGUUAGCGGAUACAUUUCUGCUAACUAACAUUAGAUUGCCAGCCUUGAUUUGGUAUCUGUGGUUAAUCCGAAAAUUGUAUUAGUGUCUCAUAAUUUUUAGCAGUGCCGGUGUGUUUACUUAUUUCGUUGCAGUUUGAACGUGUUUUAAAGGCACGACUUAACGUUAACGCUUUGACUCCUUCGCUUGUAGGCUAGCUAGGUAGCUAGUAGAAGGUCAACAUUGUUGAACCCUGCUAGCUACAGCUGACUACAGUGGGUGGGAUAGACACUUAUCAGCAAACCGUCAGCUGCAGUUAUGUGUAAUGAGAUAUAAACAGAGUGGGUGUUUUCUGCUAUCCAGAUCCAGACAGUUGUUCAUUAGUUAGUCAUUAGCUAGCUAACUGGGAAAGUAGCUAUAACAUUACCUGCUGGCUAAAGUUACUCAAUUCUCUCCAACCAUGAUCAAGUUGAUGCGCACGAAAAUACCUCAAUAACAACAGCCAAUACUUGGAAAUAUGGAUUUCACGUGGACUUCAGCCAUACUUCAAAAUCCUCCGAUUCUACUUUCAAAAUUACAUUUUCAAACUACUGUCUUGGCUACAUUUUGAUUUUUGCUGACAGGACAACGUUCCCUGUUUUGUUUUGGAGAGUAUUGUUUUGACUUGGGAUCUCUGGUGGAUUUUUGCAUGGUAGUUAGUUUCUUUCUCAAUAACAGAGUGGACAAUGAAUGGCCUAUCUGUCAGUGAGCUAUGCUGCCUGUUCUGCUGCCCCCCCUUUCCGAGCCGUAUUGCUGCCAAGCUUGCCUUCCUGCCUCCUGAGCCUACAUAUUCCCUCCUCCCAGACCUAGAGGGGUCUGUAGCCCCGGGGACAGCAGGGACCGCAGGGCUGAGAUCCAGAGCUAGUGGGGUACCUGGAGCUGCUGUAGGGGGUUCAGUCAGCACUGGUCCUGCAGAAGGAAAAUGGAAGCUCCACCUGACAGAGCGAGCCGAGUUCCAGUAUUCCCAGAGAGAACUGGAUGCUACAGAUGUGUUCCUUACCCGCUCCAGUCGUGGAAACAGAGUGGGAUGCAUGUACAUCCGCUGUGCCCCCACUGCCAGGUUCACAGUGCUGUUCUCUCACGGCAAUGCGGUGGACCUUGGCCAGAUGAGCAGCUUCUAUAUCGGCCUGGGAACGCGUAUCAACUGCAAUAUCUUCUCCUACGACUACUCCGGCUACGGUGUCAGCACGGGCAAGCCUUCAGAGAAGAACCUCUACGCUGACAUUGACGCCGCCUGGCAGGCCCUGCGCACACGAUAUGGCAUCAGCCCAGAGAACAUAAUCCUGUACGGGCAGAGCAUUGGCACCGUGCCCACGGUCGACCUGGCAUCUCGGUAUGAGUGUGCUGCCGUGGUGCUCCACUCCCCCCUCACCUCUGGCAUGCGGGUGGCCUUCCCAGACACCAAGAAGACCUACUGCUUUGAUGCUUUCCCCAACAUUGAGAAGGUGUCUAAGAUCACGUCACCGGUGCUGAUCAUCCACGGGACGGAGGACGAGGUGAUCGACUUCUCCCACGGCCUGGCUCUGUUCGAGCGCUGUCCAAAGGCUGUGGAACCACUCUGGGUGGAGGGGGCGGGACACAAUGACAUCGAACUGUACAGCCAGUACCUGGAGCGCCUGCGCCGCUUCAUUGGCCAGGAGCUGGCCGCACAGCACGCCUGAUACCACCUGAGCCCCCAGUCCUCCUCUGGCUCCAUGCUGUUCCCCUGGUCGGAGUGGGUCAGGGAAAAUGGGUGGCUCUGUCUGGGAAGAGGGGUGAAGCCUGGCCUCUCAGAAUUAAUAAUCCUUCACCUUUUGGUCAACUUUGUCUGGAUGCUCGCAGCCCUGUCUUUUUGUUGUUUUCCAUCUUUUCUGUCUCUGUCAUUAAUACUGGUCAGGGAUUCUCUAGUCCACCUCCCGCCCCGGGGACAGUGCAAGAAUGCAACCCAGAGACAUGGAGGGCUCUCUACUGGUCUGUCUAAAGCCCCUCUCUCUUACCCCAGCCUAACACAACCUCAGAUAGGUCAGGUGUUCCAAACAUGUACUGUUUAACCUCUUCUGAGACAUUUACACAUGAUUCAACUUUAACGAACAACCCUAACAUGGACAAAUAAUUGUGUGAUGAAUAUUUGUCAUUUUUAUCUUUUAUAACACAUGACACUGAGCCACUACUUUACAAAUCAUGUGGUAUUGACAGAUUAGUAUAACUGUUCUGUUUGAAAGCAGGUUUGUUGCUCAUGUUUUGUGUGGAAUCUUCUUAGCUCGCUCUCGUUUACAAUUAAGAUGUCAGAUUAAUAGUCUAUGAAUCAUUUGUUUCAUAGACAUAUAAAUCAGACAUUUUUAUCAUUAUUAAGCAUAGAUUCAUUUGAAUCCAUAAAGUGAUUAGAGCAAAAAGUUGCUGGAUUUUUGCUUUGGCUGAAGUUCAGCCAAAUUAAUUGUUUCAAAAGCAUUCUUAAGUCUCUUGCAUAUCUCUAAGGCACUAUUGAUUUCUAGCUCGGCAACCUCUUUUAUGUUUCUAGCUUGGCAACCACUCUUAUGUUUCUAGCUCAGCAACCACUCUUAUGUUUCACGCACUGAACUAAAUUCACCUCUUACUGGGUUUCUGUCUGAAAUGGUGGUUCCACAUCCAGCUUCAGAUGUUUUCAAAGGCUUUUUUGUAAGUGAUUUUCAGAGUUGUACAAACAAUUUCACUUUAGGUAUUUCUAAAUCAGUGAGUUUAUUUCAUACCUCCAAAAACACUAAAUCAUUGUGAAUCACUAAGCUUUUGCCAGUAAUGGCCAUUCACAUAGUAAAUUGGGUCGGGUCAGUUGAGACUAAGCUGGAUGGAGUAUUAACUGAACUUGCUGCUAAAGAUUAGGAUCAAAUGGAUUGAAGAGGGUCACACUCUCCACAUCCAUUAAUGCAGCUUAGUUUGAUGGGAAAUUGAACAGUCAUACAUGUUUCAAUAAUAUUUUUUACGCUGUACAGUAGAGUGGAGCCAAUACACGCUGCUGGUCCCAUAUGACAUUUGAAAACACUUAUUCAGCCAUGUCAUGUUACAUGUGUGAUUAGUUUCUUGUUGACUUCAUUUUAGGGUAAAUAACACUUCAUUAUAACAUUAGUAGAGCUAUGGAAUAGGAUGUGCUCUAUUUUGUUAUUGACCACGUUUAUUUUGAGCAGGCUCCCUUUUCAGCUCCAACUAGCCCUUUUCACUCACUUCAUCCUGUUGCCACACUAUUUCAGACAGACUUGGGAUUCCACCAUUUCUGUCCCUCUGUGUGUGAAAGUUGACUUGGACGAAUGCCCAACUUCUCUGGCAUAUGGGGUCCACCACCACAAGAUAGUGGAGAUCCUUGGGUUGGGUUUUGGGGGAGUCAGGAUAACAUGUUCAUAGCAACCAAAGUUUAACAGGAAAUGUUCUGUCUUGAACAAAGCGGGCCUGCUUUUCUAAUGGUAUGUUCAUCAGAACCAAAGAGAAAGUCCAUCACAUCACCCAUAGUACAUGGGUUUCUUAUUAGCCACUGCAUACAGUUAGGGAACAAAAGUGAGUGUUUACUCCCUAUGAUGGACUAUUGUAUCGAGAAUACAAGCAAUACAACUGAUUUCUGUGUCUGGGUGGUCUGAGAGAGGAGCAUGUGUCUGUGGGAGGUAGGGUUGCAAAAUUCUGGGAACAUCGAAGAAAUUCACUUGUUUUCACGAAAUCCCAGUUGGAGGGUUCCCCGGACGCAGGAGGGAGUAAGCAGGACUCAAGUCAUCCAUCCAGGACUCAUGGAAAACAAGGGAAUUUAUUGAAAGUUCACAGAAUUUUGCAACCCUAGUGGGAGGUGACGGACUGACUGUACUUCGAGUGUGAGACGAGUUCCAGACCCACAUUCAGAGCUUUUGUUUGAAGAAACUAAGUUAUGGAAAUACAUUUUUGUAAUCAAACGUAAUGUGGCUUCGAAAAGUAUUCAGAUCCCUUGACUUUUUCUACAUUUUGUUAGGUUACAGCCUUAUUCUAAAGUUGAUUAAAUUGUAUUUUUUUCCUCAU